CUUUCCUCCUCUCCCCUCCCUUCUCUCCAUCCAUCCAUCCGCCUCUCCACUCACACGCAUCCCCGUUUUUGCAUCGCCUCCUCCGGCACAAUGACAAACGACUCCCCGGAGGAGGAGAGCCGAGGAAUGAGGACGACGAGGACGAGCCGAGCGGACGACAAUGUGACCAUCCUGACAUCAUCCAUGGAUGUCUACAGGAGCCGGAGCCGAGCCGGCAGCAGCAACGACGCCGGCGCCGGCUUCACGUCGUCCGCGGAUCUGAGCGGGUCCUCCCUGGAGCUGAGCAUCCAGACGAGGAUCUUUAAGAUCAUCGUCAUCGGGGACUCCAACGUGGGGAAGACGUGUCUCACCUUCCGCUUCACCGGAGGGAGUUUUCCGGACAAGACCGAGGCCACCAUCGGCGUGGACUUUAGGGAGAAGGCGGUGGAGAUUGAGGGGGAGACUAUUAAGGUACAAGUAUGGGACACGGCAGGUCAGGAGAGAUUUCGAAAAUCCAUGGUGGAACACUACUACCGGAAUGUCCAUGCAGUGGUAUUUGUUUAUGAUGUCACCAAAAUGGCUUCCUUCCGCAACCUGCAAACAUGGAUAGAGGAGUGUAACGGUCAUAGGGUCUCUGCAUCAGUACCUCGAGUCCUCGUGGGGAACAAGUGUGACCUGGUAGAACAAAUACAGGUGCCCUCCAACAUGGCAUUGAAAUUUGCAGACUCCCACAACAUGCUGCUGUUUGAGACAUCUGCAAAGGACCCAAAGGAGAGCCAGAAUGUGGACUCAAUCUUCAUGGCACUGGCCUGUCGCCUGAAAGCCCAAAAGUCUCUGCUCUACAGAGAUGUCGAGAGAGAGGACGGGAAAGUGCGGUUAACACAAGAGACUGAGACAAAGAGUAAUUGUCUUUGUUGAAAAAGGGAAUUGGUAGGAGUGAUGGAAGGGGAACCUGUACGGAAGUACAGAAGAACUGUGAAUGUCAAGGAAGGGGAGGAGAAAGAUGAUGGGGAACAAAACAAGAGCAAGGCGAUGAACUGUUCGCAGUGUCUCUUCUUACACAAGAGGAUGCUCCGAACUUAUUCUUUAGCAUAAGAAAAGUGGAUAGAAGACAAGGAUGGAAUGAAAGGUAGAAGAAAUACAUGAAAUCAUGCAUACGUAUGUAUAUACAUAUUGAGUGCAACACACUGGCAACAUACAGUGGAACCUCAGUUAGAGUCAUUCAGAAUCUGACACUAACUGAACAGAUGCUAACCAAAUCAAUUUGUCCCAUAACGAAUAAUGUAAAUCCAAUUAAUGCGUUACAGAAAGCGAAAACUGUUAAUGCCAAACCUGUUUUUACAGUUAGAUACAAUUUGAAAUGCAUAUAAAUAAAUAUCAAUGAUGAAUGAAAGGGAUAAAUGAACAUCUGCUCAUAAUUUUAAUGACCUCAUCUGGGGAAAGGCGCAUAUACGUUUCUAUAUACUGCAAUGACUUGCAUAAAAUCACUGUGAAAAUCACUACAGAGGAAACUAAACAUAUCUAAGACACACACCAUGGAAAACCACAACCAGGAAGAAACUAGGGAUGUUCCGACCCAGUCUUCAGGAUCAGGAUCAGCUGCUGAUCUGUGAGAUUUGAAGAUCUCCAUUAACUCAUUUACUCAGCCCUGCUACGGCUACCUAAUUGAAUUAACGUGUCGCUAAGUGGGCAGCUGUUACCAUACCUACAUUUGUAUGUGUUUGUGAUGACAUGACUCGAGUCAAUGACCCGAUUCACUUCAGUGAGUGGAUCAUAAGAACUUGUGUCAGUAAAAGGAAUCGAGUUCCCCAAUUAGUCUAAUACCACACAUGGAAAUAAAACAGAUGAGUGAACAUUUGUGUCGUCCCUCCAAGCUGACAGUCUGGUGGCCUCAAUCAUUUCUUACAUUGCGUACACAAGAGAGGCACUUGUAGCGAACUGACUUCUGUCGCUAUUCUAAUAAAUUCAUGUCUGCCAAACCACUGGAUAUGUGGGUUAUGAAUACAAAUCUGAAAUACAUACAAUGUGUUUUAACUUCAUUAACCUCAUUCUGACCUGAUCACAUCGACAGCAGUACUGUCCCCUACUGUAUGUAUCUCAAAACAUCACAAAAACGUCUUUACAAUGUGUGUGUGUGUGUAAAUAAACAGGAAGAUAAAGAACAUUAAGUAGAUACUCUUAUCACUCACUUGGAGGAACAAUUUGGUACAUUUAAGUAUGCUGGACCCCCACGACCCUAAUGAUAGAAAAUAUGUAUGCUGUACAAAAGUAUGCUGGAAAAUACACUGAAAACAUUCCGUGAUGUCUUUGAACGCAACUCCACAUUGCUCAUAAUGAGUGCAAUUCAAAUGUUCUGCUACUAUUAAAGAAACUGGUGUUAGACAAAUAGAUUUUUUGACUUGUCUGAUAGCUUUUAGCUUGAUUUGCAUAUUCUGUUAAUUUGGAGAUAUUAAUACAUAGUACAAUGCUCUAUAUAUCAGCCCGUCCUGUCAUUUAUCUUUCUGUUAAUUAAAUUACAUUAAAAUGGGCAUAUUUCGGACUUAGUGAUUAAUCACAAUUGAUUCUUUUUAAUGUAUUUAUUUAUUUUUUUAAUUAUUUUUUAAAAUAAUUUUACACCCUUCUUUUAUUUUACUCUUAACAGUCAGUGCUUCUGCUUUUGAAUGCUUUCUUGAAUGCCUUCCACAUUUCCCACUGUUAGAUUACUUGUUUUUCCCCCCUUUCCAAACAUGUGGUUUUUGCCAUUUGUUUUUCUCUUCAGCAGAUUGUGUGUCCAUUAAUGGAUUGUGCAGAUGAGCAAUGCUGACAACUGGGAGGAUGAGACUAUCAGAUACAGGAGAGGAAAUAUGUCAGUAAUAAAAAU